AUGGCGCCGACGCGGCUCUACGUUGGCAACCUGCCCAAAGAGCGUCCGGUUGAAAGAAAUGAGCUGGAGGAGAAGUUUGAGAAGUUCGGCAGGGUGGUAGACAUUUGGGUAGCAAGGCAGCCCCCAGGGUUCGCCUUUGUCACCAUGGACGACGAGAACGAAGCUAAUGAAGCCGUGAAGGAACUCGAUGGCUCCAAGGUCGCUGGUGAGCGCAUUCGCGUGGAGGUGUCGAAGGGAGGCGAACCACGACGGGGCCCGCCCCCGCGGCGCGGCGGCUCCAGGAGCAGGUUCUCGCUAAGUGGUGGGAUGAAGAAGGAGCUGGAUGCGAUCGCAGCAGACUUCACAGAGUUGGUCCAAAUGCACCGCUCGAGGAAAGCUUUGAAUGAGAUUGCAUACGGGUCAGGACCUCGCUAUUCGGGCAAUGCGCCGCAGAAGAACAUGAUGGGAGCCCCGGCCAAAGUGCCUGGCAUCGAUUUUGCUGUCCCAUCAGAACUGGAUCCGUCAAACGGCAAUCUCAUGCACCUGGUGAAGCCUCGCAGCAGCGAAGUUGCGAUGCUGAUGGCCGAGCAUGCCCGGUGGGCCCAAAGAGAGACCCUCAAGGCUCUUUACCUGGCUGCAGGCGACACCUAUCAGGCCUUUGAGGCAGCUCGGCGUGCAAACGCAGCCGCCAUGGAGGCCUUACGCCAGCCCAGUGCGAGCUUCCCUACCUAUGCGGAGCGGCCUUUGCCUGGCGAGCCCUGGUUGUCGGCGGCCCGCUGGCCGACCGAUCCGCCAGAUCCACUGCGCACCAUGCCUCGGGGCAGCCCGGCUCCAGGUGUUCAUCUCGAGAGGCUUGCGGAGUGGUUCCGGCUACACCCCAGACCUCCGGCACCCCAGCCGGUAGAAGAAAUCCAUCUCAAGCCGCCGCCGGUGCACGGGGAAACGCCACCACAUGGCAUGCCCCCUCUGGCGCAGCUAGGGCAAGGGAGCAACGCAGAUGCGAAGGGCGGUGCGGCCGCAGCACCGGGACCUGGGCCAGAGGCGCAGGAGCGCACCUGGGCGCCCUACAGGGCUCCAGCCCCUGUUCCCUUUCUGUCGGGCAAGGAUCCUUACAUCAGCAAGCCUGCGCCGCCUCCAAAUCGAGACGACGAUCCUGAUCCGACUCCGGAUCGGGCGACGCCACCGUCUCCUGGUCAGAAACCUCCAAAAGGUGGAACUCCUCCAAAGCUGACCCCCCCAGACAAUGUGGCGAUGAGUGCCAUGGAUGGAUGUACCGCGAUCUGUGCCGUGCUGCUUCCGAAAGUACACCGACCCUGGAGGGUGUGGCGGGGUCCCCGAGCGCGAUCGGAUGAGUUCCUCUGUGGUCCACAUCUGAGCGCAGGAAGUUACAUCUAG